AUGACUCUAACUGGAGUUUUUGUUGACGUGGUUGGUCUUUCCUAUAAGACUGGUGGUGUCAUUGGGAAAACGACUGUUCAUUCGGAAUUUUCGUAUAACCCCGGCGAAGAGGUGACAUUCUCUAUUGGCAAUGUUGUACUGGGCUCCUGUGUGGGAAAGUCCUUGGUCACUGUCUCUGACUUGGUCUCCGUUGACAUCCCAACCUUUGACCCCCGCCUGGUUAAUCGAGCUCGAUUACUCUUCAGCCUGACGCCGGGUCAAGGGUUCGAACAAGGCAUCAAAAUUGACCAGAAGGUCGAGGAAACCAUCGGCAAAUACGCGCAGGAGAUCAAUUUGGACUCCGAGGACCUGUCGUCGCUUGAUGGUCCCCUGGGAAAGAUCUGUAACGAGCUCGGUCUCCGCCCAAAAUCGGUGCCUCAUGCCCGGAACCAUCUGCGCCGGGAAACAGCCGGGUUUAAGGUUCUGCGAGAUCUUCAGAUCCCUUCUCCCAAUGGCGGAUACAUCCUCGCCGAUGUAUAUCUCCCAUUACAACCCAGGAAGAAGUUUCCAGUCCUUCUUAGCUGUACGCUCUACGGACGACGAGUUCCCUGGAGUGGUCCAGAUAUUGAGGAUGAGCAGGAUAUCAUGAGGUUUGAGAGGGCGGAAGAUCACUGGCACUCGACUCCUGAAGGAGUUGAGGUCGACUUGCAUGAUGCAGGCCCCUGGUUGGGCUUUUUCCCGACACAAAGAGGCUUCGAGAACAUUGCCACUUUUAACACCUUUAGCUAUGUACCCCACGGCUACGCUAUGGUCAAGAUCGACCCCAAGGGUGUCUCCCAGACACCCGGUACAAGAUGGGCUCCUGGAGACCUGCCUGAUGACUUCUUGGCGGCGGUGGAGUGGUCAGUCAAGCAGCCGUGGAGCAAUGGCAAUGCCGGCCUAGUCGGAAGCUCUUACGGAGCAAAUACCCAGUGGGCAGUAGCAGGAGCUAAGCCAAAGGGUUUAAAAUGCUUUGUGCCCUAUGCAACCGACAUCGACUCGUACCGCGAGGCCGCAAAUAUUGGCGGCAUUCCAUCAAUCCGGUAUCUGAAGAAUUGGUUCGCGCGAGUUCGCGAGGUGUCACCUAAGUGGAAGGAUUCCAUGGACGUGGAAGCUCUGAUGGAGGCCAACGAGACGUACAGCAAAUUCUGGGAGAUGCUCGACAGCAGUACAGAAGCGUCGAUCGACAUCCCAUGCUUCCUGGCAGCAUCUCAGAUCUUCAUGAUCCAUGGAAGGGGUGCUUUUGAAGCGUGGAUGGCCCGACGUCCUGAGAACACGCAUCUCCAGCUGGUUGAUUCCAACUACUAUUCGUGGCCGAGCCGGGAAUCUUCCACCAAGAUUAUGCAGUUUCUGGACCGUUAUCUCAAAGGAGAAGAGACCCUGGCGCCUGAACGGGUUGGUAUCCAGAUGAGGCUUGGCAAUCGAGACUGGUAUUGGCGCACUGAGCAAAGUUGGCCGGUUCCCGGAACAAAAUACACGAACUGGCAUCUUACUCCUGAUGGUGGCUUGUCGUCUACACCCCUGGAAAAGGGAACGCCAGAGACUCGACUCGCAUACUCAGCGAGGGCGCCUUCGGUAGGCAGAUCCGGUGUGAGCUUCCACUCUCCUGCGUUCACGGAAGACGUUGAUCUCGCGGGACAUUUCGUUGCAGUGUUGAGUGUCUCUUCAACCGCAGCCGAUGCUGACGUUACUGCCCUUCUCUGGGCUGUUGAUGAGACAGGGACUGUUGUCAGCUACGGAGCUUCCAGCGAUGACCCCGAGCCGGUUGCGAAAGGUUUCUUGCGUGUCAGCCAUCGCCAUACAGAUCCAGAGCUAUCACUUCCCUGGAGGCCUUGGCACACCCACCUGAAGGAGCAUCUUGGACCACUCCGUGGAGCGGAAGAUGUUGUGGAAAUCGCCAUCGAGAUUCUGCCAGCAGCUGCCAGAGUCCGCAAGGGUUGGAAGUUGCGACUGGACGUUUGCCCUUCUGAAGAUCAGCCCAACAUCCCUGGCUACAAAUCCCCUGGUAUGCGACUCUGGUAUGGCGAAACUCAUGGCGAAGAAGACCAGAACGCAAUUCAUAUUGGAGGUGGGCGGACGAACUACAUCCUGUGCCCCGUGGUACCAGAGCGUAAUAAUUAUCCUAACUACAUUGUUUAG